AGCAAAAUCAAAACAUUCGCCUUCUGGGUUUCAGUUUCAACUGCGUUUUGUUUGCGUAAAAUUUCCUAAAUAGCCAGCCAGCAUGUCCGGAGGAAAAACACCACUCGAGCUGAUGUCCGGAACGUUCAGCAAAUCGUGGCUGUACGAUAAAUGGGCACCCGGUGUUGGAGCGGUCUUCGGUUUCGCGGGUGCUUGCUUCGUCAAUUUUGGCACCAGUCGGCCGAUUUUCAGCGGCAUUCAAAAGCACAUUAUCGCGGCAGUGGCGGCCAGUGUUAUUGCUACGACCGUAGAUAAAUGGAGAAAUCAAUAUCUUGCGGAAAAGGAUGCAACGUUGCGACAUUAUAUCGAAUUACAUCCUGAGGAUUUUCCUGCACCUGAACGCAAAAAGUGGGCUGAUGUGUUCGAAUAUUGGCAACCGAUCCGUUGAAAAUCAUCUAUUUCUCUGUUAGCUUCCCAGAUCGAGACGAAUAAACUAGUGCUUUUCCUCUAAUCGCCACAAACAGAGGAGCAAAAAUAAUCUUACCAU